AGUUUCAAGCACAAAGCACAUGGCACGGACAAGUGUGACAGUGUGAGUGAGAAAAUCGAGGAGUUUAUAAAAUUCCAGUAUUUUUCUAUCGAAAAAAUAAAUAAAAUCUGUAAAAAAAAAUCACCAUCAUUAUGUCGAAACCUAAAUCAUCAAGGAACAAGAAGGAGAAGGAGGUUCCGAUCGAGCUUGGGUUUCUAGAAGAGGACGACCCUUCACAUAGUUAUAAAUUAAGGUCUGCAUUUUUUCCCUCAAAAUUUGGUGGGCUUCCUGCCUGGUUAGACCUCAAAAACAUUCCAACUGCGACGGAUGUCAAGUGUGGAGUUUGCGACCAGCCGGGGAAAUUUCUCCUCCAAGUUUACGCCCCAAUGGAGACGGAAGACUCGUUCCACAGAACAUUGUUCCUCUUCGUUUGUCCCAACAAACGGUGCUGCGUUGAACGAAAUUCUAACAAGAAUUUGGUCGUAUUGAGGUCACAACUUCGUCAACUGAACGACUUUUACUCGGAUCAAGCACCGGAUGAGAAGGAUAAGACGUUAGGGGAGCUGAGUCCGAUUUCGUUUGGGGUCACAAUGUGUCACGUGUGUGGAAUCAAAUCGACUCAAAGCUGUAGCAAAUGUGGGAUCAUCUACUAUUGUGGAAAAGAUCAUCAAAAGUUGGACUGGAGUGGCGGUCACAAGGAUAAAUGUGAGAGCGCAAAUAAAGAAACGUUGAGUGCUGCUCCAGUGGAAACAUUUUGCUACAAAGAACAUGCUCUAGUGAUUGAUACAGAGGUUAUUCCUAAGCAAAAAGAGAAAACUGAAAAGGAAAGGUUGGAUGAUUUUGAGAAACUUGUAUCUGAAGGGCAAGCUGGCACGCUUGAUGACACAGCACAAACUGCGGACAUGCUGGAAGCAGCGUCUCUGAAAUCCGACAAGGCGUUCAACAAAUUCAAGAAGCGCGUCGCCUACCACCAAGAUCAAGUUUUGCGAUAUGACAGAAAAGGAAGUCCACUCUGGGUAUCGGCUGACAAAACGAUCGAGAUUAAGGAUGUUCCACCUUGUCCUUAUUGUAAAGGGGCUCGAGUUUUUGAGUUUCAGAUUAUGCCACAACUUUUGAAUUAUGUUGGGGACGACUCUAUUUUGGGAGAUUUAGACUGGGGGACAUUAGCUGUUUAUACGUGCGAAAAAAAUUGUGCAGAUGAUGGUCCAAGUUAUAAACAAGAGUUUAUUUGGCAGCAAGAUUUUAAGGCAGACGAAAAAGAUAAUGAUUAAACUAAUUAAUUAUUGAUGAUCAAUCCUCACUAAUAAUAAUUCAAACUUUACAACAAACUAUUACAAUUUUUUAAAGGAAAUAUAAAUAAAAAUGGUUUUCGUUUCA